GACCAUCUCGCGGAGGGUAAUUCCAAAAACUCCGUAUGGUUGACAAGCUUUCGUGGAAAACACGUGAGCCUUUAAGAGAGUCUGGCACCAUUUGGAAGAAGUUGUGGCUAUGGAGGUCCCCGGAAGCUAUGGUGUGCCAUGGCUGAGUGCUAUCAAAGACAAGCUCGACUUCCACUACAUCCAGGGCGAGGUGGAGUUUUUCAAGAGCCGCGUAAAGAAAUACAAGAGCACCGUGCUCAAGGUAAACUUCAUCCCCACUCCUCCGGGAUUUCCAAACCCCGCGGGGAUCGCCCUCCUCGACCAGAGAUCCUUCCCAGUUCUCUUCGACAACUCCAAAGUCGACAAGCGCGACGUCUUCGUUGGCUCCUACAAGCCAUCCGAUGCCUUCACCGGCGGCGUUAGAACGCUGGCGUACCUCGACACCGAGGAGGAGAAGCACGCCCGUCUCAAGGAAUUCGUGUUCCAGAUCCUCAAGAGCACCGGCCCGAGGUUCCUGUCCGAGUUUGAGGCCGAGAUGGCCAGCGCUCUCGCCGGGGUGGAGGCCGAGAUGGAGUCCGGGACGAAGAACUCCAUCGCCGUGAGCUCCAAGCUCCUGGAUCUGGCGUUUAACUUCAUGGUCAAGGCGGUCACCGGCGGCGCUGACCCAUCCAGUCAAUUCGGGUCAUACGGCCCCCUGCUAAUGCAGCUAUGGAUUGGCGUCCAAUUCGCGCCAAUCUCGCCACGCACGCAACUCCCCGCCGUGAUCGAGGAGCUCCUCCUCCGCAGCUUUCCACUGCCGCCACUGAUCGUCCGGUGGCCCUACGAUCGCAUCGCCGGAUUCUUCCGCGACAACGCCACCGCGCUGAUCGACAUGGGCGAGAAGCAAUUCGGGCUGGAUCGCGAGGAGGCGCUCCACAAUCUCGUGUUCGUGGUGGGCGUGAAUGGGUUCCUGGGCUUCUCGCGGAUGCUCCCAUCGCUGCUGUUCUACGUCGCGUCGCAGAGCGAGGCGUUCCAGCAGCGGCUGGGCGGGGAGAUCCGCGGCGCGAUGGGCGACGAUGGUAGCGCGCGCAAGUUCAUGGCCGCGGUGGAGCGAAUGCCGCUGCUCAAAUCGACCGUGCUGGAGGUGAUGAGGAUCGCGCCGCCGGUGCUCUACCAGUACGGGCGCGCGCGGCGGGAAUUCGUGGUGGAGUCCGGGGAUGGGAGGGAGUUUCUCAUCCGCAAGGGCGAGCUGCUGGGCGGAUCGCAGGCGCUCGUGUGCCGGGAUCCCACAGUCUUCGAUUCGCCGGACGAGUUUGUCCCGGAUCGCUUCCUCGGGGCCCAAGGCCGCGAGCUGGAGCGCUGUGUGUUUUGGUCCAAUGGCCGCAACACGGACUCUACGAGCUCUGCCAACAAGCAGUGUGGAGGGAAGGAUUUCGUGGAGACAAUCGGGCGUUUGUUCGUCGCGCAGCUCUACUUGCGGUACGAAAGCAUCAAGCUGGGCCCGGAUUCCAAGCCCGAGUCGCCCGUGAUCAAAUCGCUGAGAAAGAUCUCCGUGGCAACUAGAACUGGCAACAAAGUAAGUGCCUAGCUCCAAGCUGGAGUGUAUAAGCUCUUUGAUUGAUUGAUAGCUCAUAACUUACUCCUGGUUCUUCACUGUGG